UUUUCCGUUUUUCUAAACUGUUCAAUUGAGGAUUUAUUUCAUUUUCCCUUCACUUUCGAGUUCUUAUCAAAGUCAAAAAUGAGUGUCUGUGAAACUUGCAGUCUUUCAGUUAAUCGACAGGCGAAGGACAAGUUGGUUUGUUCUAUUUGUAAGUCCAUGUUCCAUGGACAGUGUAUUGUUGGGAAAAAAUGACUGAUACGGAAUUAGAGCUCCUAGUGUCGAAUUCCUGGUCGUGCAAAAAAUGUGAGGCUAAGCUACGUAGUCAACGAAAUGAUAAUACAGUUGCAACGCCGGCGAAAUCGUCGUUAGCUAACGUUAGUGCGCUGUCCGACGUAUCAGCGGAUUGUUUCAAGUCAACUAUGUCUGACCUUGAAAACAAAUUUAGUGAAGGUCAGGUAAGAUUGGAACAUUCGCUCGAGGCUUGUUUGACUAAAUUCAACGCUAAUUCUGACACCUUAAUUAGGCUGGAAGGCAUAAUAAAGACCCAGCAGGAUAUUAUAUUAAAUUUACAAACUGAAAACACAAAACUAAAAGGUUGGGUAGAGGUGCUAAACGACAGGGUUGAUUCGCUCGAACAGUACGGCCGUAGAAAUAUGAUCGAAAUACACGGGAUUCCUACUGUGCAUGGAGAAAAAACCAAUGACGUUGUGCUGGCUACAUGUAAAGCAGUCGGUGUUGACCUGGGUCCGGAGGCGAUAGACAGCUGCCACCGCCUGCCCAAGGGGGCAAACCAACACUCUCCCGGGAUCAUCGUGAAAUUCGUCCGACGCGAUAACGCGCACAAGGUACUUGAUGGGAAGAAACAGGUGAGGAGACUUUCCACUCGCGACGUCGGAUUUCAAACGGAGGAGCGCCCAGUGUUCAUCAAUUUGUCACUGACUGUGAUGGAGUGUGAACAAAAAAAGGACGUGUUUAUCAAAUCUGUCUUGGAUGAAAAUAUAUCACCUGAUGACAAUGAAGGUGAUGUGGGAAUGAAUAAUAGAAUAAUGCCUCUACUCAAAUAUAUUGUAAUUUUGCCACUAAGAUGUAUGCAACGAUUAUGGCAGGAAUGUGGUGCAAUGUUGGGAGUGAUCUCCGGGUUUGUGAUGCGUGGGAGGUAUAUUGUAUGGCAGUUUUUCUUGACGGAUAUCUCUCCAGUAUUAAGUAGAACAGUAUCGAACUUAUGUUUGUUCUCCUCUGGUAUAAUCAGACGUAUUGCAAGAAACGCAUUGACGGAAUCCGAGAAAGAUGAAACUUGUCAAAUGAAAUCACUACGGGAGGAGUUGGAACUAGUAAAGGAGCAGAUGGCAGCACUUCAAAUUCAAAUGAGUGAAGUGAAUACAGCUUUAAUUGCAAUCAAAUCAUCCUGUAAAAAGCAAGACAGCAACUUGAGUGGUACUUUAGCCACUGCUCCGCCAACACCACCCCCACCUCCUCCUCCCCUUCCUCCACCACCACCACCUCCUCCUCCGCCUUUCUCUUUAGUGCCUUCAAAUACACUGAUAAUAAAAAAAAGUUCCAAACAGAACAAUGAAGCCAAAGAAAAUCGAAUUCCGCAUGUAACUUUAGAAGACUUGAAAAGUGUGAGAUUGCGGCAGACUCCGCUUCGUUCAACUUCCAAAAAUCAUGCAGAUUCCGAUGUUUUAAGAAACAUCACUUUGAGACAGACCCCAAGAACAUUGACCAAGUGUGACACAAAAGGAUUCCCAGAAAUAUCUGUUGACAUGCUGAAGUCUGUUAAAUUGAAGUCGGUCAGGAGCCGCCGAACUCUAAACCUAUCUGAUGCUAAGGGAUUUAGCACACCUGUCAAUUUGAAAGGUGCUCUGUCGCCUCCAAAAUCUCCAUUGUCUGCGUUGUCAGUUUCCCCCAAGAAACUAAACAAAAGCAUGAAGGCAAGAAAUUUAUCAAGAGACCGUCUUCUUGAGCUGCGAUCUCCAAAUAGAUGAAAAUAAAGUCUCUGGAAUCUGAAAUAACAAUUGGUUAAAAAUAACCUUGCUCAAUUUGACUCUUUCCACGACUUGCUUUUUCAAGGCUGUGAAAUUGUAUAUACGAUUUUUCAUUUGUAAUACUAUUGCAAUAUAUAUAGUACUAAUAAAACAUGAUUAUGGAAA